AUGUCCCAGCCUUACUAUCCAGCACUACAGGAUGUCAAUACCCCACUUUCGCCAGAGCAACUAGAAGUACUCCGUCAACAGGUACUAUCUGAAGGAGAUGUGGUUUCUGUUCAAUCCCGUUUCAACUAUGCUUGGGGUCUAAUCAAAUCAAAUAAAGAAGAUGACCAACGUUUAGGUAUCAAGAUAUUGGGUGAUAUAUUCAAAGAUUCCCCAAUAAGAAGAAGAGAAUGUCUAUAUUACCUGGCUCUAGGGUCAUACAAGCUGGGUGAAUAUGCUACAGCUAGAAGAUAUGCUGAUUCUUUGGCUAAUCAUGAUCCUACAAAUCCUCAAGCAUCCGCAUUGAAAGAGAUGAUUGAAGAUAAGAUUGCAAAAGGUAUGUAUUCCAUGGUUGAUGAAUGGUUUUUGAGAGUUACUAACAUGCAUAAAGAGGGUAUAAUUGGUAUUGCUAUUGUUUCUGGUGUUGUUGCAGCUGGUGCCACUGCUUUGUCCUUAUUAUUGAGAAGAAAGCGUUAA